CAACAUCCAUGAUGGCUUCUGCCAAGAAAAAGCAGGAUGAGAAAAACUUAAAACUUCUUCGAGAUCUCGCAGCUUUGCCCCACAACAAAAAAUGUUUCGAUUGUGGACAGAGGGGACCUACAUAUGUGAAUACCACUAUAGGAUCUUUCGUUUGUACAUCAUGUAGCGGCAUUUUAAGAGGUUUAAACCCUCCUCAGCGAGUAAAAUCAAUUUCGAUGACAAGUUUUACUCCACAAGAAAUAGAGAAUCUACAGGGAACAGGAAACGAGUAUUGUAAAAAGGUUUGGUUAGGACUGUGGAACUCUUCAACACCAGCUGAACCAGAAUCUAGAGAUGAACAAAAGAUAAAAGAUUUUAUGGUUCAGAAUUAUGAGAGGAAAAGAUGGUAUAUGCCUCCACAGCAAGCCACAGCUAACAACACAAGCCAGUCAGCACCAGAGCCCAAACCACUGAAGCAACUUUUAGGAGAAAAUGCCCCUUCUGUCACAGUCCAAGCACAGGCAACAAGAGAGAGACCUCGUACAGGAAGCCAAACAGGUGCUUCCCCUGCACCUGUAUCUGUUGCUCCACCCCCUGGCACUGCACAGCCUGCCGCUCAACCAGCUCCACAGCCAAAGCCUCCAUCGGUGGAUCUACUCGGAGACUUAGGAGGAGAUCCCUUUGCAACUCCACAACCACAAGGUCAGUUUGGAUCACCACCACAACCAGGUGGCUUUGGAUCUUUCAAUGCAUUUGGUGCACCAGCAGCUGGGCCUGCUCAGAAUGCAUUUGGUGGGCCAGCAGCUGCACCUGCUCAGAAUGCAUUUGGUGCACCAGCAGCUGCACCUGCCCAGAAUGCAUUUGGUGGGCCAGCAGCUGCACCUGCUCAGAAUGCAUUUGGUGCACCAGCAGCUGCACCUGCCCAGAAUGCAUUUGUUUCACCAGCAGCUGCACCUGCUCAGAAUGCAUUUGGUGCACCAGCAGCUGCACCUGCCCCUGCCCAGAAUGCAUUUGGUGCACCAGCAGCUGCACCUGCUCAGAAUGCUUUUGAUCCAUUUGGGUCAUCAGCACCCCAACCUGCUCAACAAUCUCAGCCAAGUUUUGCUGCAUUUGGAGCCCCACCCCAGCAGCAACAGCAACCUGCUCCUCAACCACAACAGCAAACUAAUUUGUUUGAUGCAUUUGGAUCACCUCCGUUAGCAUCAGGAGGGUUUAAUGCCUUUGGUGCUCCUGAAUCAUCAGCCCCAUCACAACCACAACCAACAUCAAAUGCCGGAUUUGGUCCACUUGUGUCAGCAUCUGGAAGCUCAGCUUCCCAAAACACAGCAGGUGACAAGUAUGCAGCAUUGAGUGAGUUAGAUAACUUGUUUGGUCCGUCAAGUGGCGGUAGUAACGCAAGUCUCAGCACUGGAACUGGCUUUGGUUCUGGUGGUUCAUCUUCAUUUGGAAUGUCUAGUGGACCAAAUCCUUUCUCUAGUACAUCAGCUGGAUCUGUAUCAGGAGGUUUUCAGCAGCCCAAACAGCCACAGCAGCAGCAGCAGCAGCCGUCCAAUCCAUUUCAAGGUCUGGGAGGAGGCCCUGCAGGGUUUGGUCAGUUAAAUGGUCCUAUGAAUCCAGCAAACAGCAUGAGCACAACCUCUGGUACAGGAUCAGUAUUUGGUGGCCAGCCAAGUUCAGGAUUUGGUGGUCAGCAGUCUUUCAGCAGCAGUCAGCCUGUAAAUUCAGGCUUUGGUGGUCAGCAAUCAUUUAACAGCAGUCAGCCUGUAAGUUCAGGAUUUGGUAGUCAGCAGUCUUUUAGCAGCACUCAAUCUUUUUCUGGUGGCUUUGGCAACUUAUCAACAACACCUCAGCCAUCAUCAUUCGGUGGAAACCAGCAGUCUGGUUGGGGUAGCAUGGGAGGUCAGCAACAAAUGGGUGGCCAUAAUAUGCGUAUGCCAUCAACAUCGACCCAACAGAAUCUUAGCUUUGGUGGAGCAGGAAUGGCUGCAAUGGCCUCAGCGCAAUUUGGAAAAAUGGGAGGUGGCUUACCACAACAACCUCCGGUGAGAGGUCAAAUGAACUUUGGUGGAAAUCAACCUGGUUUUGGCAAUAGUCAGGGAUUUGGUGCUGGACAGCCAACAUCCAUGUUUGGAGGUUCAACGGGUGGAUUUGGAGGAAGUCCCAUGUCUAGCAGCAGCAGCUUUGGAGCUCAGCAACAACCCUCUGGGUUUGGAGCUCCUGGAGGCUUUGGUGCACAGCCAAGUGCUGGAUUUGGAAAUCAGGGAGGAGCAGCAUUUGGUGGUAACAUGUCUGGAAUGGGAGGCAGUCAGUUUGGACAACAGCAGCAAAUGCAGCAAUUUGGGGGAUGGCAACAAAGUCCACAGGCCAAUCCAUUUAUGAAUGCUGGAGCACAACAAGGCAUGCAAAGACAAGGACAGUCUACAAAUCCAUUUAUGUAGAAAGCUUGCUGAAUCAGGUCACAAUGUAAUUGAAAAUAAUUCCUUAUUGGUCCUGGCUACAAAGGAUGGAUCAAAUGGAACAGUGGAAUUGCUAAAAAAGGAAAGAUAAAUGGCGACUUCUGGGUUGAAGUAAUUUCUGUCGUAGAUUGUAUUGUUAACUUUUUGUUGUAAACUGUGAAAAAUUUUAUUAUGGAACAUAUGGUGUGAUCUCUAUAAUGAGAGAACAGAACAGACUUUUGGAGACAUUUAAUUAACCCUCAUGACAAAUUGAAAAUGAAGCAAAAUUGAUUUCAGGAAGCCAUUAAUGUGGGCUUUACUUUGCAAAAUGCCAGCAAUGCAACUAUGAUAUGCAAAAUGAACUCCCCCUAGGAAGUCCCCCCCACCCUUCCUUCAGUCUUUGGCCAUCACCGCCCAC